AUGGACUUGGACACGGCAGUGGACAUGACGAACCAAGAACAGCUCAUGCACACCAUCUCCCAACUCGACAGCGCCCUCACAUACCUUGCUUCUCCAUCCACAUCGCCAUCGCACCAGCCACCGGUCCUAGUCCCGCCGUAUCCAUCGUGUGCCACCGGUGCGGUUACUCCUAAUUCGGUCACGAUGCCGGUGUUGGUGCCGCCGCCAGCCGCGGCCUACCCGGAGCACACGGCGACGCGGCGGCUUGUCGUCGGCGUCCACCCGGCCGCGGACGUGGAGAGGCCCAGGCGCGGCAACGGGCGCGUCUCGAGCGAGCCGCAGAGCGUGGCGGCGAGGCUGCGGCGGGAGCGCGUGAGCCAGCGGAUGCGCGCGCUGCAGCGGCUGGUGCCCGGCGGCGCGAGGCUGGACACGGCGUCCAUGCUGGAGGAGGCCGUCCGCUACGUCAGGUUCCUCAAGAGCCACGUCCAGGCGCUCGAGCAGGCCGCGGCCGCGUUACAUGGCCGCCGCGAGGACGUCGCCGGCGGCGAAUUCUACCAUCACUACCCGCACUAUGCUUAA